CCACUGUAUAUUUGUUGUGCUGCAUAACUAUAUCUGUCAGAGACAAAUAUGGGGAGAGGAAAAGUGGAGCUGAAGAGAAUAGAGAACCCAACAAGCCGGCAAGUGACCUUCUCGAAGCGGCGAAACGGCCUUCUCAAGAAGGCUUUCGAGCUCUCCAUUCUCUGCGAAGCUGAAGUCGCUAUCGUCAUCUUCUCUCCCUCUGGAAAGCUCUAUCAAUAUGCCAGCCAUGACAUGGAAAGAAGCAUUGCGAGGUACAGGAGCGAAAUUGGAUUGCCUGGAUCAGCUGACAACCCAACCUGCAGAACCAUAGAGUUUUGGAAGACUGAAAUUGACGAGCUGAAAAGAUCAACAGAGAACUUGGAAGUGAAUUUGAGGCACUUAUCAGGUGAAGAUCUAGCGAUGUUGGGCAUGAAAGAGUUGAAACAGCUAGAGCGGCAGCUCAAGACCGGCGUUGAACGCAUCCGCUGCAAGAAGAGAAGGAUCGUCUCGGAGCACAUCAAUUUCCUGAAAAAAAGGCGUAGAGCCUUACAAGAGGAGAACACACGCCUCCUGAAAAAAGUUAAACUGCUAGAGAACCCAGAUGAUGCUAACCCAAACUGAGAGACUCUUGGCAUGCAAAAUGCACAUUCCCAGGGUGGUUCUGGAUUGAGUUUGCUUAUGAACAAGCAUCAGAAGGACAUCUCACCAGCCAGCUUAUAAUAUAAAGCAUAAUUUAUGUAUACUUAUUGCUGAUGCUAUAUAGAUAUGUAUGUAUUAAUUUUACAAGUUGUAUUGGCAGAUGACAUGCCUUGGUUGCUUAAGAAACUAUUAUCUCUAGAUGCCCGAGUUUGGUUUUCCAUUUUUUAUGUGCAAGUGGAAUUAUAUAUACAUAUACAUAUAU